CCACGUUGUCGUGCGUUCUUCUAAACUUUAUAACCAGAACUCUCUCUCCCACACACACGCACACACUUACACACCAUCUAGGCUAGCUAGCAACGAGUAAAAAAAGAGAGGCACAUCUUGGCGCACAUUGUAUAGAAAGGAGAAUUAUGUUUUAAUCGACUUUCUCUCUCGCUCUUAUUAAACGUGUUUGACUCUUCUCUCGGGACGUGUGAACGUAUUUGUUGUGGAAAUAGACGGUGCAUGCAGCCCUUCACGUUAUGAGCCAGACUUGGCACUGAACAUCGAGAUUUGCGAAAUGAUUAACAAGAAGCAAGCAAAUGCUCCUCGAGAAGCAGCCACAAGCAUUGUUCAGCAUAUCAAUAGCAAAAACAUGAACCAGGCCAUGCUUGCACUGACGCUGCUGGAUAAUUGCGUCAAGAACUGUGGAUACCCCUUCCAUUUACAAAUCGCCACCAAAGAAUUUCUGAACGAACUUGUACGCAAAUUUCCUGAACGACCUGCUCCAUUCCCAAACCCGGUGAUUCAGCGUAUUCUGUAUAUGAUCAAGGAAUGGAAAGUUGCUUUGGCAGACAUGUCUCGGCACAAGGAUGAUUUGAUGCAUGUUAAGGAUAUGUAUCGGUUGCUACGAUUCAAAGGUUAUCGCUUCCCAGAACUGAAAGAUUCCUCGGUGGCAGCAUUGGCACCGUCUCAAUCAUUGAAAUCAGCUGAAGAAUUGGAAGAAGAGGACCGUGUGGCACAGUCAGCGAAAUUGCAAGAGCUUAUUCGAAGAGGACGACCACAAGAUCUUGUAGAAGCGAAUCAACUUAUGAAAGUCAUGUCUGGUUAUGAUCAACGGCAACGUCCAAAUUACAAGCAAAAGUUUGAAGAUGAGCUACACAAAAUUCAAGAAAAGGUUAUUUUGUUGUACGAGAUGCUUGAAAAUGUACGACCUGGGGAACAGAUAGUACGCAAUGAUACCUUGAUGGAACUCAAGAACUCGAGCGCCGGGGCCCAGCCGAAAAUUCAAAAGAUGAUCCAAGAAGAGGAGGACCCUGAAAAAAUUGAAAACCUAUUGACUUUGAACGAUAUGAUCAACAACGCAAUGUCUAAGUUUGCCGACGUUGCCAAGGGCUUAUACGAUACACAAUACGAAAUCAGUGGAAAGCCGCCCAAACAAACGGAUGAAGCAGAGGAACCACGUCAAGCGAUCAGCUUGAUUGAUUUGGAUGAUGAACCCUCUUCCACGACCUCAUCAUCGCAACUUCAGCCAAGCAGUGGUACCGCUAAACCGGUCAAUGUGCUCGAUGAACUCAGCGAUAUAUUUGGUACCAGCGCUUCGAUAUCGACUCCACCUGCUCAGCAACUACAACAGCAACAACAACCACAACAACCCUCUCAGCAACAACUGAUUGAUCCGCUUGCAUUUUUGACCUCGUCUUCCCCAUCACCUGUACACUCGACUUCUUCCUCGCUCGCAGUGCAUGCACUUCCUCCUCCUCCUAUUGUAUCUCCCACCCUGUCGUCAUCAUCUAUGGGUACACCUAGUGCUGCUCAUCAACAAACACAAGAAACUUUGCCAGCUCCUGCAAACAACGGCAACACCAUCAAACACGAUUCAGUCGAAUUGGUAAACAAGAAUGGCCUGAAAAUCACAUUUGAAAUUGUCCAAAAUGAUGCAAUCUGGCGCCUCAAAGCUUUCUUUUCCAACCAAUCCACAGCACCCAUGGAGCAGCUUAUGCUGCGGUUGGCUGCACCCAAGUCAAUGCAACUGAAAAUGGAGCCACAAUCAUCUGAAGUGAUUCCACCCAAGUCCGAAAAUCAAGUAACGCAGAAUAUUGCAUUGCAUAACCCAAAUAAGGAACCUCUGCGGUUGAGGUACAAAGUAACAUACCAGCAGUUUGGUGUAGACAUGGAACAAUCUGGAGAUUAUCACGCCUAAUCAAUUAAUUAAAUAUUGGGAAAAGGGGGUAAAUCACUUGUGCAUCUAUUUAUUAAAAACACAUCUCCUUUGGAUAGUCGAAUGAAUUGAACCGAGAUGGAGGAGAGAUAUGAUUUAUCAAAGGCUACAAUGAACAAGAUCAACUAUUAUUCUCUUUUUAUUAUGUAUGUUAUGCGUGCUAUGUCAUGUGGGGAGAGGAAUAAACAAAGGAGGAGUAAAGUGGCGUGUGUGUGUGUGUGUGUGUGUGUGUGAGGGGGGGGAGGCAGAGGUGUAUGUAUUGUAUUUAACACUUUAUACACA